UAUAUAUACACUUACCUCUUGUUCCCGGUGCUCAGUUGGGAGAACUGAGGUCUUCCGAGAGGACUCUCCGCUCCAGAGUCAGGAACCUCACCAACGAACUGGCUCUACUAAGGAAAGGGAUGCGUUCUUCUCCGUCGAGCUACCUCCAACCAAGACACACACCUCCCUCCUCUUCCUCCUCCGUUUUCAAGAAGACUCCCUCAUCGUCUACUGCUGCCUCUGGCAGUAGACAGUAGACAUAGACACGACAGAGGAACUCCUCCACCUUUAAGACCUCUGGCUCUCUGGAGAGGAGGAUAGGGAGGAGUAAUAGUGGAUCGUUGGAGAGGAAGAGAGGUGAGAGGAGAAGAGGGGGCAAUAGUGGGUCACUGGAGAGGGAGAGAGGGAGGUCAGGGUCCCACGAGAGGAGGCUGGCACUGGGAGUCUCCAAUAGCAGACUGAGGACACCUUCCCCAAGAGGUGUGGGUAGUGAUCUCUGGAUGAGGUUUGAUCCCUCGGCCUACGUGGAGAGCAAGAGAAGACAGCAGAAGGAAAACCAGGAGAGAUUCCAGAGGUUGAGGUCUCCCUCCUACCACGGCACGGGGACACACUCUCGCUCCAGUUCCCUGGAGAAACCCGUUGGUCUCCGCAGUCGAUCGGGUAGUGGGGGGAGUUUGGGGAGACCUCCACUGGGAGGACUCAGAGCUGGCUCCAGGAGUGGGGAGUCUCUCCGGUUGUUCCUCGCGGGGCUCCUGUCCAGCAUCGUCUCGUGGGUCCGUCCGCCGUCGACCGUCUCUCUCAGACCUGGAGCCCAGCCCUCCCACCAGUGGCAGAGGGAGGCGCAGAGGAUCACCGGACAUUAGUAACCACAGGAAGAGGGUGACAGGCAGUUCUGGAAGACUGCGCACAAGCACUCCAACAAGAACCUCAGCAGGCAAACCCAGUGGCAAUAGAACAACAGUGGUGGUGUACUGGACCACUCUGCAGAGAUGUCAGAGAUCGACGCUCGACUCAAUGCACUCCAGCAGUUCAUGAAGAGGUCUCUGGAGGCAACCAAAUCUAACGCGAUCCGCAGGUAGCCAUCAGUAAACACUCACCGUCUGUCAUUGACUGCACAUAUAUACCAUUCUCAAGCAUGUUGUUAUAGUAUUAUGUUCACCAAACCGUUCACUUUGUGUUUUCCUUCAGAGCAGACCACAUGUGCAUUAUAUAAAAACAUUUUUACUGGUGUGAUGAAUAAUGAAUCGUGGCGCUAUUUUCUCACGCUCAUUGGUCCGUAUCUCAGUUCUCUUUCAAACUGUUCGGCUGAUAGAGUUCCAUCUAUGGCCUCAAAGUUUUUGUUGAAGACGGAGUAGGCGCUGGGUUCCCAGGGCUUGCGUCUGCUGCCUCGUAGCGAUGUCACCAGCAGAUAGAGGAGCGAGGUUACGAAGAACACAGCUCCAAAGCCUACUUCGACAAAGAACCCCCACAAUAUGACCCACAGGAGUAUCUUCAGCAGAGUGAAGUAGAGGGAGGAGGAGGGGGGAGGCGGAGGAGGGCUAAAUGCACUGUUUACAGGGUCUCCGGGGCCUGUCUGAGAGCUAGAGAUAGUGACUUGAGGAGAUGGGUCACGUGAUAUACUAUCCGACGUUUUAUCUGUCGUGUGUUGCAAAGCCUGAUCAGUCUCCGCUUGUCGUCCAGCCGCUACCUCUGUAGAGGUAUGUACAUGACGCUCACUCAGCUCUGGUUUCUCCCGCUGUCUCACUCUCUUGUACUCCGCGAAACGUCUCUUCACGUCGUCCAUGCCGGCCACACCCCCAAAGUUACGUCAUCAUUUCGCGACUCUAUCUAAAGAUGGUGGCGUUUCCACUGGGAAAGUUGGCAUACCUGGGCAUUAAGCAGCUUGCGAAGCCCAUCUCCAUUCAACUGAGGUCUAGUGCAGCCAGACACCCGUUCGUGAGCAAGUAUAUCUGCGUCCCUCCCGCCCAAAUUCUCCACAUACUGGACACGUUUGUGAAACGGAGACUGAUGGGCAUAAAGGGAAAGGGGGAGGUACAAGCCGCUGAGUGAGGAGAGAGCAGUGGAGAUUGGCAGCGAGAUUAUUGGAGAGGCCUUCCUGUUCUCUGUGGCUUCAGGCUUCAUAGUCUAUGAGUACUGGCGGAGUGUUAGGAAGGACCAGAGAAAGGAAGACAUUCAGAAUCUCGAGAUAUCUCACCUCCAGACGCAGACUCAGCGACUGGAGCAGCAGAUGCUCCAGUUGCAGCAGACACUAGAGGGUCUACAGACUCAGCUACAGACACACUUGGACUCUUCUAGUAACAACAGGAUUCCUAGUACUAGUGAUACCUCACAGAAAUCAGCCGAUAAAUCCAAUUCUUGGUGGAUAUUUUGACAAUGAUAUUUAUAUAUACAUCUCAAAAAACAGGUUACUUGGGUCCAAUAUGCUAUGCUUUAGACGUGGGAUAUACAGGAAGUGCUACUGUAAAAUGUUAUGAAAUACCAAUAUUUGUUGCUUAAUUAGUGCUGCUUAACAAAACACUGGGAGCUCUAAUCACUCAGUUCAAACUACUAACCACUAAAGUUCUACUGACAAUUAUUUUUCUGUUUGUAGUGUCCACGAGGAAGCAGUUUAGCGGGUACAAACUACGCAAGUCAGCUCCUUUUCAGGAUUAUAUUCGGAUUCGGAGCAAGGAAGCCCGUCACACACUGCUUCAACAAGUUGAAAGUACGCCACGAGUUCGCCAGUCGGCACGACCAUUGUCAUCUAGUCCUGGGAUGGAUUCAGGGUCCUUAUCAACACACUCGUACGUCACACGACCAGCAUGAAUAAGAUUAUCUGCCGAAUCAUCAGUGCCGUGCAUCUGGUUGAGACGUAGCACACAGCACACGGAGCAUUGUGCCAAGUGCGCUCAGAGAGAGACGGCAGAGACCGAAAAUAAUAUUCGACUCCUGUCACAUGAGCUAUGCCCUGAGUCCCAGCCUCGAACUGGCUAUAGUCAGGAUCGUCUGGCAUGCAGAGAUAAUUGGAUGCUCCCCCUUUCCUGCGGUGAUCAGUCGCCCCAGCUCUCCCGGCAUAGACAAGCCCAGUUCCUUCGAUAUCUGGGCAGGUUGUCCGACCCCAGCGAGUGUAAAUGGCUCCUCCUGCUGCCAAGAAAUAAUUAUUGUAGUCAUACAUUGUGUUUUAUUCUGCAGCGGAGACAAAAGAUAUAUACACAGCACCUACUGUUAGACAAAGCUUAUGGUGGAACCUCCAAACGAGGGACACUAUGGGGCCAACGGUUGUGUUUAGAGAAGUCAUCCCACCCCUAUCUCGGAAGCCAAAUAAUAAUUAUCGUGGGGUU